UUCAUUGACUGGCCAAUAGUUGGUUACGCCGUCCCUCCUCAGAAUAGCUAUCUCUAAGGAUAGUCUGUACCCCUCUGCAUUGGUUGCAAUUCCUUGCAAUCAACCGGCUGCUUGAAUUUAGGAUCUUCCUGGUCCUCUCACUUCUUCUGUUUCGGAGCAUUCUGCUCAUUUCGCUGUUUUCCUACCUCCUCUUUGAAUUUCUCAACGAAACACCAAACCAGUCAACAUGGGUGAUGAUCCAGAACAAUACCUGAGGCUUGACCCUAAAGCCCAGAUGGAGGCCACUACCGCACCUUUUGACAGUAAAAAGAACUGCUGGGUACCUGAUGAGAAAGAGGGCUUUGUGAAGGCUGAGGUGCUGUCCACCAAAGGUGACAUGGUCACUGUCAAGACCGUCUCUGGAAAGCAAGUAACACUCAAGAAAGAUGAUACUCAACAGAUGAACCCUCCCAAGUUUGACAAAAUUGAGGAUAUGGCCAGCAUGACCUUCUUGAACGAAGCUGCUGUACUCGGAAAUCUCCGACAGAGAUACGUAUCCGGUCUCAUCUAUACCUACUCAGGAUUGUUCUGCGUUGCUGUCAAUCCAUACCGCAGACUUCCCAUCUACAGUGACAAAGUUGUUGCCCUCUACCGUGGAAAGAGACGUAAUGAGAUGCCACCUCACGUGUACGCAGUUGCUGACAAUGCUUACUAUGACAUGUUACAAGACAAUGAGAACCAGUCUAUGCUGAUUACUGGUGAAUCUGGUGCAGGGAAGACUGAAAACACGAAAAAAGUAAUCCAGUAUUUUGCCAGUAUUGCUAGCUCAGGAGCUUCCAAAGAUGGCCAGGCAGGAGAGAAGAAGUCACUGUAUAAAGGCAAAAAUAUAGAGGACCAGGUGAUACAAGCUAACCCUGUUAUGGAAGCAUUUGGCAAUGCUAAGACUUGCCGUAAUGACAAUUCCUCACGUUUUGGUAAAUUCAUCCGUAUCCACUUUGGUGGUAAUGGCAAAUUAGCUGGUGCUGAUAUUGAAACCUAUCUGCUUGAAAAGUCCCGUGUUGUCACUCAGCUUGCAGGAGAAAGAGCGUACCAUAUCUUCUACCAAAUCUUGUCUGGCGGAAUUGAUGGACUUCUGGAGAAACUUGCUCUCACUGGAAGACCUGAAGACUACAACUUCACUUCUCAAGGUGUCACAACUAUUGACAACGUUGAUGAUAGACAGGAGAUGGUCGAUACUGAUAAAGCCUUGGAUGUAUUGGGCUUCCCAACUGACGAUAAGAUGAGCAUGUGGAAGUUGUGUGCUGCCAUCCUUCACUUCGGUAACUCCAAAUGGAAGCAAAGACCAAGGGAAGAGCAGGCUGAAGCUGAUGGAACUGAACCUAUUGAUGCUGUCGCCUACCUGCUUGGUCUGAACCCACAGGACUUGAUGAAGAACUUGUUGAAACCUAGAAUCAAGGUCGGCACAGAGUAUGUCCAACAAGGCCGAACCAAGGAACAGGUCGCUUACUCCGUCAACGCCCUUUCCAAAGCCAUUUACAACAAGCUUUUUGGGUGGUUGGUUGCCAAUGUCAACAAAACUCUUGACACAAAGGCCACCAAAGCUUUCUUCAUUGGUGUACUGGACAUUGCUGGAUUUGAGAUCUUUGAUUUCAACACCUUUGAGCAGCUUUGCAUCAACUUGACCAAUGAGAAACUUCAGCAGUUUUUCAACCAUCACAUGUUCGUCCUAGAACAAGAAGAGUACAAACGUGAAGGAAUUGACUGGGAGUUCAUUGAUUUUGGUAUGGAUCUUGAGAACACCAUCCAGCUCAUUGAGGGUAAAAUGAGUGUGUUUGACAUCCUUGAGGAAGAGUGCAUGAUGCCAAAGGCAUCUGACAAGACAUUCACGGACAAACUAAUCAACAAACACAAGGGCAAACAUCCCAACUUUGGAGUUCCAAGCGUCGGUGGUAAGAAGAAGGCUGGAUCUGAAUAUCACUUUGAGAUUCACCACUAUGCUGGCACGGUCGGUUACAACACAGACUACUGGUUGGAUAAGAACAAGGAUCCCCUGAAUGAAGCUGUUGUAGAUCUGUUCAGGAAGGGCACAGAGCCACUUCUCUCUAAGGUCUUCUCCGACAUCCCAACUGGUGCCAGAGUUGCCAAGUACAAUUUCCAGACCGGCACACAAGCAGUUGCACAAUCUGCAUCAACAGGAGGCAGAAGUUCUUCUCGCAAGAAAGGCGGCUCAUUCCAGACGGUGUCCGCCAUGCACAGGGAACAAUUGAACCGUCUGUUGAGUACACUGUUCAAGACUGCUCCUCACUUUGUCCGUUGCAUCAUUCCCAACGAGUUUAAGAAGCCAGGCCUUAUGGACGCCCAUCUUGUACUUCAUCAGCUCGCCUGUAACGGUGUGCUUGAAGGCAUCCGUAUUUGUCGAAAGGGAUUCCCCAACAGAAUGCCCUUCCCUGACUUUAAACAAAGAUACACUGUUUUGGCGCCAACUGCUUGCCCCAGUGGUUUCAUGGACAGCCGCAAGGUUGCUGAUCUCCUUCUGAAGGCCAUCCAGCUCGACACAAAUGAAUACCGAAUGGGAUACACAAAGGUUUUCUUCCGUGCUGGUUGUCUUGCUGAACUUGAAGACAUGCGUGAUGAACGCCUCUCCAAGAUUGUCUCUAUGUUGCAAGCCCAGUGCCGUGGGUUCCUUAUGCGCAAGGAAUACAAAAAGAUGCUGGAUCAGAGAAUUGGUCUAAGUACACUGCAGCGUAACAUCCGUAAAUAUUUGGUGCUAAGAAACUGGCACUGGUGGAGACUCUACACUAAGGUCAAGCCAUUGCUCAACGUUGCCCGUGCUGAGGAUGAGAUGAAGGCCAAGGAGGAGGAGUUGCAGAAGUUCAAGGAGAAGGCAGAGAAAGAAGAAAAGGAAAGAAUUGUACUUGAAGAAAAGAACUCCCAGCUUCUCAAGGAGAAGAAUGACCUUAUGCUCCAGCUUCAAAACGAACAAGAUGUUGGUGGAGAAUUUGAAGAAACUGUCAACAAGCUGAAUGCAGUCAAGCUUGCACUUGAAACCAGAAUCCAGGAAAUGCAAGACCGCAUUGAGGAGGAAGAGGACAACAAUGCUGACAUCAGUGCUGCCAAACACAAGCUGGAGAACGAAUGCUCUGAGCUCAAGAAGGACAUCGAUGACCUUGAGAUCACUCUGGCUAAGGUGGAAGAUGAGAAGAAGGCCAGAGAGGCUCAGAUUAAAACUUUGAACGAGGACUUGGCUGCCCAGGAUGAGGCCAUUGCCAAACUUGGCAAGGAAAAACAAGCUCUUGAUGAAAAGAACAGGAGAACUGAAGAAGCACUUCAGGCUGAAGAGGACAAAUGCAACCACCUCAACCACCUCAAAGUUAAACUGGAAUCAAGCAUUGAUGAGCUUGAGGAUAAUCUAGAGCAUGAGAAGAAGGCCCGUGGUGAUGUAGAGAAGGUUAAGCGCAAACUUGAGGGUGACCUGAAGAUGACCCAAGAGACUGUUGAAGAGCUUGAACGUGCCAAGUCGGGUCUCCAAGAUAACCUUAAAAAGUAA